GGCGCUAGUUGGACCGCGGCAUCGCGUUCGCGAACUUUUGGCAUCAUUGCUGCAGCUGCUCUUGGCUCCCAACCCGCCGACCCUGACCUUCCAGCAGUUGCCAUGCCGCCGCAGAAAGCAAAGAAACUCACGGCGCAGCCAGUGCGCACACGCCACUUCGCCGGAAAACCCGCCGCCGCCGAGGUUGCAGAACGCGGCAGCAGCGACGAAUCCGAAUCGGAGCAAGAAGAGCAGAAACCGAAGCCGUUCGUAAAGCCGAAACCAGCUCCUCUCGCCUCGUCAUUCCCCAAGGCGGCGCUCAAAUCACAGCUCGCAGCGCGGAAGAAGCCCAAAGAAGACCUCAAGCAUCUCGAGGAUGAAUUCGAGACGGAGAGCGAGGGAGAGGAGGCAGGCGAUGGCAGUGGAAGUGGAAGUGGAAGUGGCAGCGGUAGCGGUAGUGGUAGCAGCAGCGACGAGGAAAGCUCGGAAGAGGAGUCAAGCAGUGAGGAAGAAGCACCGAAAAAGCUGAUGCGGCCUGUCUUCCUGAAGAAAGGCCAGCGCGACAAGGUAGCUACGCACGUUAAGACAGCAGAGGAAAUAGCAGCCGAAGAGGAGCAGCGGCGGCAAGAACAGACGCGGGCGCUCGUCCAGGAACAGAUCGAGCAGCGCGCAGCGGCAAAGGCAGCAGGCAAGAAGGACUGGGACGACGAUGUGGAGGAAGCCGACAUUAACGCCGUCGACGACACUGACAACCUCGACCCGGAGGCCGAAUACGCUGCGUGGAGACUCCGCGAAUUCAAACGCAUCAAGCGCGAGCGACUCGCCAUCGAAGAAGCCGAAGCAGAGCGCGCAGAGAUCGAACGGCGGCGGAACCUAACCGAGGCGGAGAGAGACGCGGAAGAUCGCGAAUACCUCGAAAAGCAGAAGGAAGAGCGCGGGGACCGUGGGCAGAUGCAGUUCAUGCAAAAGUACUUUCACAAGGGCGCAUUCUUCCAAGAGGAUCUCGCAGAGCUGGGACUUGACAAGCGCAAUCUCAUGGGCGCGCGGUUCGAGGAUCAGACAGAUCGCCAGGUGCUGCCUGAGUACAUGCAGAUCCGUGAUAUGACAAAGCUGGGCAAGAAGGGCAGGACGCGGUACAGGGACAUGAAGACGGAGGACACGGGCAAAUGGGGUGACUUUGGCGACACAAGGAGGCCGAGAGACAAGGGCGACUACGACCUAGAUGAGCGCUUCCGCUCGGAUGGCUACAGCGGCCGCGACCGCGAUGAAGGCGCAACGGGUGCGAACGCACGACCACUGGGCGAGAGAAAGCGAUUUGGCGAGGACACCAAUCGUGAAAGUAAGCGGCCCAGGGUGGACGACCGAGAUUGAGCAGAGUUUAUCCCGAUGAAUCUCAGGGAAAUAUAUCUCUAGUCAAAAAUCGCCCAGCAUGCCGCUUUUCGAACCAAGCAAUAGCCUGGUCAGGGCUGACUCACGACGCCCGUUGGCUGUUGCAUCUUUGAGCUCAAUAUCAUUCAAAAGAUAUCAGAAGUUUUACUGGGCUAGUGUAGCCAGGCGCUGCAGGGGAUGCCAGUUAUCCACGAGGUGCUAUCUGCGCCACCCGUGCG